AAAACUUUUAGAAAUUAAUGGAAGCCAUCCCAUCCCGGCUUUUCUGUUUUGCAGCAAAUUUUAUGUGACUAAUUGCUUAAUUUCUCUGUGUGCUGCUUCUCUGUCGCCGAGAUUCUUCUCCUUCUUCAACCUUGAAAAACCCUAAAAGAUAAGCCACUGCCACUACCACCGUAUUUACCCCCUUUGGCAAUUCCGCCUGCCGAAUCUCGAAUCCAGUAAUGGCGGCUGCGGCGACAGCCAGGGCCCAGGCGCUCUCUCUCCUCGCCGCCGCCAACAACCACGGCGAUUUGGCUGUGAAGCUCUCAUCUCUCAGACAGGUGAAGGAGAUAUUGCUGUCGUUGGAGCCGUCUCUCUCCGCUGAGUUUUUCCCCUAUCUCGCAGAACUCCACUUGUCGCCUGAAAUUCUAGUUCGCAAAUCCCUUAUCGAGAUCAUCGAAGAGGUUGGUUUGAGGAUGCUGGGUCAUUCCUAUGUUCUAGUGACUGUCUUACUAGUCUUAUCAAGGGACGAGGAUCAACUUGUUGCAAAGAAAGCUAUUUCUGCUGGCACAACUUUCUAUUGCAGCAUCUUGGAGGAGAUGGCAAUGCAGUUUCAUCAUUGUGGUAAAGUUGAUCGUUGGUUUGGGGAACUAUGGACAUGGAUGGUUAAGUUCAAAGAUGCUGUCUUUUCUUCUGCAUUGGAGCCUGGUUGUAUAGGGGUGAAAGUUUUGGCUCUAAAGUUUAUGGAGAUAUUUGUUUUGCUUUUUACUCCUGAUGCAUCUGAUCCUGAGAAACUUUCCAACGAAGGAAGUAGACAAAUGUUCAACAUAUCCUGGCUUGCUGGUGGUCACCCCAUUCUAAAUUCAGCAUCGCUCAUGUCUGAAGCAAAUAGGACAUUUGGAAACUUACUAGAUUUCAUACUGUCGGCUGGUCGUUUACCGGGUGCAGUGACCAUAGCUGUUGUUGGUUGUCUUGCGGUGGUAGCAAGGAAGAGGCCUGUCCACUACAACACCGUCCUUUCUGUUCUGCUGGAUUUUCACCCAAAUCUUGAGACGGUUAAGGGGUGCCAUGCUCCAAGCGUUCAGUAUUCCAUUAGAACUGCCUUGCUGGGAUUUCUUAGAUGUACUUCCUCACCUAUGAUAGAGUCAAGAGACAAGCUUCUUAGAGCAUUUCGAGCAAUGAAUGCUGCAGAUGUUGCUGAUCAAGUUCUCCGUCAAGUUGAUAAAAUGGUCAGAAAUAAUGAGCGUGCUGCACGCGAAAAUUGGUCAGCCAAGAAUAACCAGGCAAUUAACCAUCAAAAUUCUUGGGAUUUGUCAAAGAAACGAAUAAUGCCCCAGGGUGAAGAUGAUACAAUCAAUGGAGAGGUUGCUCCUAAGCGCUUACGCCAUAAUACUAACAUGCAUUUGACCCCGCUUCAAACAAGUGAUUCUCCACAUGGAACUGUCGCGAUCAAUGGCAUAUCCUCUGGGAACCAUCCUCCAGACAGUGAGUUGACUCCAGUGGAACAAAUGGUUUCAAUGAUUGGUGCUUUGCUUGCUGAAGGAGACAGAGGAGCUGCAUCACUUGAAAUUCUCAUUUCAAAGCUUCAUCCAGAUAUGCUUGCUGAUAUUGUAAUAACAAGCAUGAAACAUUUGCCUAGUAGCCCUCCUACAUUGACAACUUCAGUGGCUACUCCAGCAGAUAUUGUGGUAUCUUCUUCGAUAAAUUCCAUGCGUUCCCCGACUCCUCAGCCACAACUUUCUUUGGAUCCAACCCUUCCUGCUGGAUCAUCAUUUUCUGAUGUGCCUAGCUUUAAUAGCACGGUUGCCGACCCUAGACGCGACCCAAGAAGGGACCCGCGUCGCAUGGAUCCAAGGCGUUUAAAUUCAUCUGUGGGACCAACAUCACUGCCGGUAACCGAGGGUAAAGAACCAGUCCCAGUACCAACGGACAUCUCUACGUUACCGAGCAAGCCGCUUUCGGUUCCUGCUGUCACGGCAGGGGCUAGUGGUUCAGUUCACCCAACAACAGUAGAGCGUAGCCAAGACAAGGUGAUGGGAAGUUCAGUAAUUAGAAUAGUUGAUCAGCCUGAUUACAGAGAGGACUUGUUGAAUAUUACCAACGAGAGUGGUUACCCCUCAAAGGGCAAAUCAUCUUUAGAUGUUCCAUUAUCUCCUUGCAGGGAUGAUGAAGGCAUGAGAGAAACAAAGUUUUCAGGUUCUGAAACACAGUGCGAUUUGGAUCUGGUAUCUUUCCCAGAUUUUGAUCAACAUUCGCCUUCAGCAUCAGUCCCAGAUUUUGAUCUACACCCGCCUGCAGCGUCAAACAUUACUGCAGCAGAGGAAAGCUACCGAGAGUUGGCAUCUGUUCCAUCGUAUGUUGAACUUACCACAGAGCAAAGCAAAACUGUAGGAAAGUUGGCUAUUGAACGGAUAAUUGAAUCAAAUAGACAUGUAUGUGGGUUUGAUUGUAACAAGAUUCGCAUGGCAUUGAUUGCCCGAUUGAUUGCCAAGAUCGAUGCUGGCAAUGAUGUUGCAGCCAUACUAAGAGAGCAUAUUAGUGUGGACCAUCGAGAAUUCAAGGGGCAUGAACUUGUUGUACAUGUUCUGUACCAUCUGCAUGCAAUGGCGAAUCUGGACACAGAUGAAUCAUCUGCCUAUGCUACUGUUUAUGAAAAUUUUCUCAUAGCAGUGGCGAGAUCAUUUCUGGAUGCUCUUCCUGCUUCCGACAAGUCUUUCAGCAGACUUUUUGGAGAAGCUCCACAUCUACCAGAUUCUGCCAUAAAGCUACUGGAUGAACUCUGCUCCACUCGUCAUGACCCUAUUGAAAGAGAAAACUGUGAUAGUGAGCGUGUAACUCAAGGGCUUGGUGCUGUUUGGAGCUUAAUUUUAGUGCGUUCAAAUGAGCGAAAAGCAUGUUUAGCUAUAGCAUUAAAGUGUUCUGUUCAUUCUGAAGAAGACAUCCGUGCAAAAGCCAUCCGACUUGUCACAAACAAAUUAUAUCACCUAACAGACAUAUCAGAGCAGGUUGAGCAAUUUGCGACCGAUAUGUUACUGUCUGCUGUGAACUCUGAGACAGAUCUCUCACAGAGUGGAUUUACUGCAGAAGGAAUAAAAGCAGAGGCCAAAAGUCAGAUAACUUCGACAAGUGACUCUACAUGGUCUGGAACCUCCGACAUUCAAUCUCAGCAGGAUGUACAAACUUCUCGUGAUGUUUCUGUUUUAUCAUUUUCAGAAGCUCAAAGACUAAUUUCUCUGUUCUUCGCUUUAUGUAAAAAGAAACCUAGUCUCCUACGACUUGUUUUUGAAGUUUACGGGAGAGCUCCAAAAACAGUAAUCCAGGCUUUUCAUCGACAUAUGCCUAUCCUGAUACGAGAAUUAGGUUCAUCUUAUGUGGAACUGCUCCAAAUAAUAUCUGAUCCUCCUAAGGGAAGUGAAAAUUUAUUGACAUUGGUGUUGCAAAUAUUGACACAAGAAUUGGCACCUUCGUCUGAUUUGAUUGCUACUGUAAAGCAUCUAUAUGAAACGAAGCUAAAGGAUGUUUCAAUUCUUAUUCCAUUGCUUUCUUCACUCACUAAAGACGAGGUUUUGCCCAUCUUUCCUCCCCUUCUUAAUCUUCCACCUGAUAAGUUCCAACUUGCGCUUGCUCAUAUAUUACAGGGUUCUGCUCACACCGGCCCUGCCCUAACACCUGCCGAGGUACUGAUUGCUAUCCACGAUGUUGUUCCUGAGAAGGAUGGGCCACCACUGAAAAAGAUAACAGAUGCAUGUUCAGCUUGCUUUGAACAACGCACUGUUUUCACGCAGCAAGUCUUGGCAAAGGCCCUUGGUCAGAUGGUAGAUCGAACACCUCUGCCUUUACUCUUCAUGAGAACAGUAAUUCAGGCAAUCGAUGCUUUUCCAAAACUGGUUGACUUUGUCAUGGAAAUACUCUCCAAGUUGGUGAGUAAACAGAUAUGGAGACUGCCAAAAUUGUGGCCUGGCUUCUUGAAAUGUGUGUCUCAGACACAGCCACAUUCUUUUCCUGUUUUGUUGGAGUUACCAAUGCCUCAACUAGAAAGUAUCAUGAAGAAGUUUCCUGAUCUAAGACCUUCCCUUACUGCUUAUGCGAAUCAGCCAACUAUCAGAGCUUCUCUACCAAAUUCAGCUCUUUCAGUUCUUGGGCUUGACAAUGGGAAAGAUUCGCGUCCACAAAUGCACCCGUCAGAUGCAACUUCUUCUAUUCAUGGGGCAGCCUUAACGUGACACUCUCUAGAAGAAGAUCGACACGUUGAAGUGUUUGGAGGAGAGACAAAGCAAAGAUACUCAAAUCUUGAGGCAAUGUCUUGAGACUGGCUACCACACGUAUAUCUGACUACUAACUACAUGUGUUUGCGAUUAGUAGCAAGACCAGUAUGGUAGGCCAGCGUGUAUGGUCAUAUUCAUAUUUUUCUUUCCUUAUUUUGUGUAUAUUUUUUAUAAGAACUUCACCGUGGCCGUGAGAAUUGGUUCACAUGUAAUGGAUGUACAAUCGCAUCAACGUUGUUUCCUCCUAUAGAGAGAAGAUAAAGAGUUUUUAGAAGUUUAGGAUAAUAUUCAAAAGACCAUAUUAUUUCAAUUUAUCCAUGGAGUUCACAUGGAUCCGAGGUUGGUGUGUAUGAGCACAUGAUAAUUCGAGAGUCGAGACCGUACCAAAUUAUUUACAGUAGUAAAAUUUUUUUUUACUGAAACAAUUGUAAACUUUCCCAGUACAAAAGAAAGUCUACCCAUAAAGGCAUAAACAGUGCAAAUUGAUGCAGCGAUUGUAAUCCAUUCGCUACUUGUCCAUUGUAUGGCAGAACAUAUCAGAUAUUUUUUGAACAUAUCAAUUCCACAGAGAAAAUGAAAAUGAUGUGGAAUCAUCAACGUCCCAAAGGUAAUACAAUUCCAUCUCAUACUAAAACACCAGAUCCAUAACAUACAAAAUUUUGAUGGUCUUGAGUACACGUUUUGCUUAAUAGUCCCUGAACACCUGAAUCCAAAGGUUCAGAACCCUAUAAAUCUUUUACCAGUCAAAAGUUGUAUCUUCAAACUAAUUCACAGUCAUGAGAGCUUCGAGAUUGUUCGGGAUCAGCCACCCUUGUGGGUAAGGGACAUCCCGGGCAUCCAAGUGAAGAUGCCAGUUCAGUAUCCUCGAGCAAAACGGUGGAACACCUUCCAUCUCGCUUUCAUCUGCCACCACCUGCUCUAUAAAUGUUGUCUCUUGGAAACCUUCCUUCACAGUGUCUAGUUGGCGGGUUGGAUGUGGAAAGGGACGUCGCCACCUUUUAGGGUCCCAGAGUAUAGUGCUGUUGAAAGCGAAUCCUGACAUAUCGACAUGGAAUCUCCGUAGUCUUUUACUCUUUUCGUUAGUGUGCCAUCCGAUUACUUGACUUCCGUUGCAAACUGGACCUUCAAGAAUGGCCUUGUUUUUGCUUGGCGCGAGCAUCGCAACAGGCCAAGUUCCAAAUCGGCUGAUUGUUCUUAAGCUUUGAAACAGCUCAAGCGAGUAGAUAUUGUCAUCAUCAGCGAAGUAGACAAUUCCAUCGAGCUUGUGCAACUCGAUAUGUUCCAAUGCAGUGUUUCUCUGGUGAACGCCUCUGUCCUUGAUACUCGUCAUGUUCCUCUUGCAAACCAAGUGUCUGUACAUCACUCCCGACUUUCUCAGGAUCUCCGAGGUCUCAAACGACGCUGCAUUGCCUUCCACCACUAUCCACAGUACAGGCGGCUCCACUAGCCUCAGCGUCUGAGCAACCCUGUUCAAGUAAUACGCCUGCAUCGCUCGAUUGUACGUUGGUGUGACAACAAUUAUGAGCUUCCUCGGCACAAUAUCCAAAUCCUCCUUCACCAUCUCCUUCUUCCCAAGUUCGGCUUCCGCCACGAAACUUACUCCAUCUACCGAAACCUCUUCCCGUUUCCCGUUUUCCAGCCGUUGCUCAAAGUUCGGCGGUUUGAUCUCGAAGGAGAACCGAUCGGCGCCGUUCACGUCUUCCAUGUGUCCGUAUGGUGUCAUACCUAGCAGAAACCCAAGAAGAAAGAAAGCGAGGAAUUGGAAAAACGGUCGCCGCCAUCCACCUCUGCGCGAGAUUUUAGGAUCAGACGUCGCUCCGGAAAGCUUGGUGAGAUAUGAGAGAAUUUGCGAAGAACUGUGUUUACUGCUACCCUUAUGAGGAGAGGAUGAUAUAGACGAGGGAGAGAAUGGUGCACCGCCAAUCUCGUAUGGUCGAUCAUGAUACACCGGCGAGAGAGUUCGCCGGAUUGAAGCCAUCAGAUUGUGUUACACCUCAGUGCUCCAAAUCAAACAUUGAAAGAGAUGAACAGAAAUUUCGCAGAGAGGAGCAACAGAAAAGCACCAAAUCGCAGGAUUUCAAGCUCAAUUUCUGAAUAAGUGAGGUCUCGAGUUCUACUCUAACUCGCCGAUUUGGAUCUGUCGCCGCCGAGAUCUGAAAGAGGGCUGGAGGGAAAGUUGCGGGGGAGAGAGAGAGAGAGAGAGGCCCAAAUUAUUGUUAAACAAAAAAAAGAAUAAAAAUUCUGAAACUACGCGGGUUCGUGGGACACGUGGACACUGGACAGA